GUAAACAGAAAAUGGCUCAAAAUGAAAUUGAGAAAAUGUUAGUUUAUGUAAGAAGGAUGAAGGGUAACGAUUCUCAGAGUUGCCUCCAAGUUGAGAAACUUGAAAUGGUGCUAAGAGUUUUAAGAACCUUUAUAAAGUGUCAUCGUGUUCUUUUUUCUGAUUCCUCAGUCGAACUCACAAAGAAUGUCAAAUCGACUGUACAAAUGCUUGAAGUGAUACUCUAUAACACUACACGUAUCGGAGAAGGCAAGUGCGGUUAUAAGUGGAUUAGGGAAAUUCAAGUAAUACAUUUGUUGGAAUUCUUGGAAUGUGAUACCAUUUUAAGUAACAAUUAUGAGUUGAAUGAUCUUGAUCUGUCAGAAUGUAUGGAUUGCCUCGGAAAGAAUCUAAAUGAUGUACUGAUGUUCUGCCUGGAAAGGGUUAGGUCUGACCCUCCUGAAGAAAACCUUGAAAUACACAGAUUUAUAAAGGAACUGAAAACUGUUCAUAAGAAAAUGAAUUUUUUGAGAUACUUAUAUGCCACAGAGAUAAAGAGUUACGUUGACGACGAGAAGCUGGAAUGUUUAGAGACUCGAAUUCAGUUCAUGGCUAGCAAUGUGGGACAAUUUUGUCUUUCUGUUUCAACUAACAUUGUUGCAAAUACAGAUAAAGCUGAGGUCGAACAAUAUGGGUAUGAUAUCUUGAAUAAACCUUCUUAUCUAUUAUGCUUGAUUGUGUUAGUGGAGUUGGAAAUGAAGAAGAUUUUUCUCAAUGAACUAAAGGCUUCAAAGUUUACUCAUUCAAGAACUUUCAAGGACAUGAAAUUACCUGAAGGAUUUUCUCAUCAUCUCCACAGUCUGUUGAUGUAUCUCAGAAAAGAAAAGCUCGAGAACUUUUCGGAUAAUGUCUCUGCUCAAAAUAUUAUUGUGGCAAUAGAGUUCUUGUUGGUGUUCCUUGAUGCUGAUGUGUCAAAUCAUGUUAUUAAUGGUAACUGGUUGAAUGAGGUUAUGGAAAAAGUUGGAGCUAUAGCUGGUGAUGUUCUAUAUGUGAUCCGAAAGCUUCUUCCUAGCUCUAUAAACAAAGAUGACACUAGCAAAAUAAAUCUUUGCUCGUUACAAAUAUUGGAGAAAACUAAAGAUCUGAAGGCACAAGUGGAGACUUACUACAAAUCCUUAAAAUUUACUCCAUCUCAGUUCCCCACCAUUGGUGGAUUGAGCUUUCUGGAUUGUCUUUUAAGGAAACUGAAUGAAAUGACAAAAUCUAAAUCUGAUUUAGAUUUCUUGAUGAAACCUCUUUUAGGUAAUUUGGAGAAAGAGCUAUCAACUCUUACAUCCAUUUUAGAGAAGGAGCUGUCAUCUUUGUCAUCCCUUUUCAGAGAUGUCGCAAGGGUACACCAUGAACAUAAAAUUCCUAAAGAUCUUCAGAGACGUACUAUCAAUUUGGCAUAUGAAGCUGAGGUUGCCAUUGACUCUAUUCUUUCUCAGUUUAAUGCUUUCUUGCAUAUUUUUUGCUUACUUCCUUCAAUCUUAAAAGAGAUCAAGCAAAUUAAUGCGGAGGUAACUGAGAUGUGGUCAGCAGACGUUGCUCUCAAGCCUUGCUAUGUGGUAGCACCAUUUAAACACCUGCCAACUCGACAUAGCAUUCCAGUGACUGAUGAGGGGAUAGUGGGUUUUGGGAAUGACACAGAAAAAAUGAUUCAGUAUCUGAUUAGAGGUACAAAUGAGCUAGACGUCAUCCCAAUUGUAGGCAUGGGGGGACAAGGGAAAACGACAAUUGCAAGAAAGGUGUACAAUAGUGACAACAUUGUUUCUCAUUUUGAUGUUCGAGCAUGGUGCAUCGUUUCCCAAACAUAUAACCGGAGAAAGCUAUUACAAGAGAUUUUGAGUCAAGUUACCGGUUCCAAGGACGAGGGAGACAAGGAUGACAUCCUUGCUGAUGAGUUGAGGAAAAGCUUAAUGGGCAAGAGAUAUCUCAUUGUCUUGGAUGAUAUGUGGGAUUGUAUGGCAUGGGAUGACUUAAGGCUUUCCUUUCCAGAUUUUGGAAUUAGAAGCAGAAUAGUAGUAACAACUCGACUUCAGAAAGUGGGUGAACAAGUCAAGUACCAUACUGAUCCUUAUUCUCUUCCAUUCCUCACAAAAGAAGAGAGUUGUGAAUUGUUGCAGAAAAAAGUGUUUCAAAAGGAAGAUUUCCCGCCUGAACUACAAGAUGUGAGUCAAGCAGUUGCAGAAAAAUGCAAAGGACUGCCCCUAGUGGUUGUCUUGGUAGCUGGAAUAAUCAAAAAAAGGAAAAUGGAAGAAUCUUGGUGGAUUGAGGUUAAGGAUGCUUUAUUUGACUAUCUUGAUCGUGAGUCGGAAGAAUAUAGUCGUGCGACUAUGCAGUUGAGUUUUGAUAACUUACCUGAUUGUUUAAAGCCUUGUCUUCUUUAUAUGGGAAUGUUUCCUGAGGAUGCAAGAAUUCGAGUGUCGACAUUGAUAAGUCUAUGGGUUGCGGAAGGAUUUGUGCAGAACAGUGAAUUUGCUGAAGAUUACUUGAUGGAUCUCAUUAGUAGUAAUGUGGUAAUGGUUUCAAUGAAAAGUUACAAUGAAAAAGUCAAAAUUUGUCAGGUUCAUGAUGUUGUGUUUCACUUUUGCUUGGAGAAGAGUAGAGAAGAGAAAUUUAUGUUGGCAGUGAAGGGGCAUGAUAGCCAGUUGCAACCUUUGGAUUGGAAGGGAAGUCGAGUGAGAUUCAGUUUCAGUAAAGAGCUUUCCAAGUUUGCAUCUGUGGGCUCCAAAACACGGAAGCCUUUCCACCAACACUUGAGGUCACUGAUUACGACCAAUCAAGGAAAAUCUUUUUAUGGGAUUCCCUUCCGUCAGGUUAGUGAAUUGAGACUUCUUAAGGUCUUGGAUUUGAGUUCCCAUGAAGUGCUUUAUUUGUCGACAGCUACAUUUGAACCACCAAAUUACCUUCAGUACCUCUCAGUGUGGGCAAAUAUAUUCUAUUUUCAUCCAGAAACUCAUCUGCCCCAUAUAGAAACUUUAAUUGUGAAGAGUAAUGCUACGGUACUAUUACCAGCUUCUUUUUGGGAAAUGGAAAAAUUAAGGCAUGUUGAGAUUGCUAAUGCUAAAUUUGAUUUGGGAGAGGAUAGGCAGGGGAUCUUUGAAGGAUCCUCUAAAUUGGAAAAUUUGAGGAUUCUAAGGCACGUUAGAUUUACAAUUUUGGAAGUUGAUAGGGUGGAUGUGUUAUUAAGGAGGUGUCCUAAUCUUCAACAACUCGAAAUCACUUUUGUGAGGGUGGAUGGGUUUGUAGAAGAUACUUGUCUCAUAUUUGAGAGUCUUACCCAGCUUCAAAUACUUCACCUUACCAUUGAUUCUUUUGUGUCCGAGUUGCACUUGCCUUCAAAUAUAAAGAAGUUGGUACUUAAGGGAGGUUGUUUUAUGGAGAGCGCGAUUUCCUUCAUUGCAGGACUACCAAGCCUGGAGUAUCUCCAAUUAGAAGAUGUGGAUUUUGUAAAAUGGAUUGAUACUUAUUUAGAAGGGUGGUACCUUCAAGAUAUCACGUUCGAUAAGCUUAAGUUCUUGAAACUGGUGUGGUUAGAUAUCUCAAGGUGGGAUGCCUCGGAGGAAUCCUUUCCCCUGCUUGAAAAACUUGUCAUAAAACAGUGUGACAAUCUUGAGGAGAUCCCCCUUAGCCUUGCAGAUAUUCCAACAUUGAAACAGAUUAGGUUGAUUAGGUGUGAGAACAAAUCUCAGGAGGCUUCAGCUGUGAGAAUUAAGAAAGAAGUCGAAGAAAAUGAAGGAAACGACCGUAUUGUCAUCAUUGCCGAAGAUUAUUUUGGAAACAUAAGGAAGCUGUGAGUCAACGCAAACUAAAAGCACAGACAGUCUUUUGUGUGGCUAGGCGAAAAUGCAUCAGAUGGUUGGAUCACUAUCAAAUCAUUGUUUCAUAAUUUGGUGAUUGUUUUCCCUGUUAAUUUUUAUAAUCCUUUUCAUCUUACACCUUCAAAUUUG